UGGUGCUCCACUCGAUUGGGAUUUCGCACUAGCCCGUUGCUGAUUUUUUUAUUGCUAAUACGAACAGUUUGCCGAUCAAUAAAUGCUCACAUCCACCUACUCGUCCCUCCUGAUCUCUUCGUCUUGGAAAGGGGGCUGCGAAACGAGUAAGAGCCCACUUCUGUACUUCUCGCGCAAGUCGUCCUACCACAACUUACAAAAAGCUGUCAAGAGCAUCGUGGCGAAGAUGUUUUUCCACUUUCUCGUCCUCACCGCGGUCCUGCUGCUCUUUCCGGCGACCAAUUUCUACGCGGCUACCGCGGCGCCGCUGAACACGGCGCGGGACCUUCACCGUCAGUACCACAAUAUCUUCCGCUAUGGGAACCGGAACGCCGCGAGCCACCUGUGGGUUUCGUUUUUGUUGAAGAGUGAGAACUAUCAAAUGCAAAAAUGUCUGGGUGGUCUGGAAGAGUGCGCGACUUGUCAUGCUGCUUUUCCAUGACCCAUGAUGUCUGGAAUGCAGGAUCUAGCAUGACAGAUUCUGCGAGACCUUUAUCAUGCCUAUCCUGCAUGAGAAACCCCCUCCAGACUUGGUUAAAACUGGACGACUUCUGGUAAUCAUGCAACACAGAUUUUUACAUCCAUGCGUCAGAUUUAGCAUGACAAGUUGCAAUCUUCCAGACCCAGACACUUUUACAUUUGAUAAGAACAUGAAGGGAUACAAAAACUUCGCGAAAAUGGAGGAAAUGUUCACGGCCUUCUGUCCGAUUUCCGGCUCCCCCGUGAAUCCCAACGAUUACAACCGGUACGGGCUGGCGUUACCCGUCGUGCCGGAGUUAGCGGUCACGGAGGCGAUGGAAUUGCAGGCGGCAGCAACUGGUGCAGGCGGCACACAAACGUCUUCAAAUCAAGAUCCCACAGCAGUCGUCCCAGCUGCGUCAAACAACAACCCGAACGCCAGUGCUGCGACAGCAGCUCCGGACGCCAUUUUACUUUCCACCGCGAACGCGGCCAGGUUUGGCUUCCUGCACUACUGCUGCUGGCCGUGCGUUUGCGACACCCAGGACUUCUUACGGGUGGACUCGAAGACAAUCACGUUACCGGUUGGGAAAAACAAGUUGAUGGAAAAGAAGUACUACUUCGUGGUGAUCGGGAACCCCUGUGAAAAGCAGUCGCACUUGGACAAACAAUUCUACCAACGUUUCGACGGCUAUGGAUGUGUCAGGUUUGAAACCGUCAAAGUUGAAAUAGUUUGUCAUGCAUAAAACGGAUACCAGUUAGACCUACAGUUUGUAGUCGGUGCAUGACAAAUCUCCCCGGUCCCGGAAGCGAGUCUGUCAUGCGGUUUAGGGCAAAAGAGCUGCCUUCUGUCAUGCUCGUCAGCAGUCCAACUUUUGACCCUUACCAGGAGUAUAAUCUGCCUCCCGUGCGUCCUCUGCAAUAGCGUCACUUUCUGUCUUGCAUUUUAUGCAUGGCAAAUCAUUUCAACUUUGACGAUUUCAAUCCUGACACCCCCAUAAUGGCCGGCAAACGACAUUACGACGCGAAGCGCCGGAGGUCAGGUGUGACGAGGAUAACAACCUGAUUGGCGCGACCUAUUCCGUAUGCAUUGCAAAAGCAUCGCACUAGUAUAAAUUGCAUGACAAAUUUUGGCAAGAAGGAAAGUGGAAUUUGUAAUGCUGUUUUGCCCUAGGAAAAAUAUUUGUCAUGCAUAUUUGCAAUUAGUUUUAGUACGAGUGCGAUACUCUUGCACAGGAUAUUCCGACCACGGGUACGUGAUCAUCGGCAUGUUUUUCGAUUCAGAACCGGUGACAAAGGUUCCGACCCGCUACACCACCGAGUUUCCGAAAAUCGGAGACGAUUUCUCCUACGUGCAGCCGGGCAGGCCGAGUUACAAAACGGUUUCUGUGUCCGCCGGGGACGAGGUGAAAAGUAGUAGUGAUGAAACAGCGGCAGCGGUGGUGAAACAUGGCGAGAAGAGGGAGAAGCAGUUGCAGUUCAUGAACGAGUCGGAUUUCGACCAGAUGUGUGCGCAGCGGAAGGCGCAGGGCUACAACUCCGGAAUGGGGGAGAUUUUUCGCAAGGUCGCAGAGAUUGCGCCGAUCUUUCUGCCGCUGGGCAUCGAAAUUCCGCGGGACGCGAGCGCAACGAACGGACUGGUCGGGGGAAAGAAAUUGGCUUUGCCGGCGGGAGUGGGUCGUUUUGGUGCAGCGGUUGGAAGCAGUGUUGGCGAAGAUGAUGGGGACGUUUUGAAGAAGACAGUGGACCAGAAAAACGUGCUCGGCGUCGACGCCACGGGCGCCAGGAGCCGGAUCAGCAGUGGGGAACUGUGA